AUGGUCAUACAAGAAAUAAUAUGUAUACAUGAGCAUAUAAAGGAACCUCUUCAAAUGAUAUUAUUGGAUUGCAGGGCAACACUAAAUCUGGUGAUGAGAGAAGAAGCAUUUCAAAAAGAAUAUGAAAAGUUAUAUUCAGAUAGUAACAAGUUCCUAUCGAUUGUAAAUACAUUCCUUAGUGUUCAUGUGUUUCCAGAUGGUGAUGUUAGAUUAAUGCCAUCAUCAGAUGAUAAAGAGAUUAACAUUGCAGAAUACUCUGAAACUAAAAAGUUUUAUCUUCAAUGUUUUAUUGCGGCAUUUAGUAAAUUUCGUAAACAUACAGCAAAACUUAUCAAUACAAUCAAAUCAAUGGAUAUGCAAUAUUUAAAACAAAAUCAAACCAUCUUCUCUUUAUUAAAACAUAAAUUAAACUAUAUAAUGUUUAGUGUUUUAGAUUCUGCUAGAUAUAUUAUUAAAGUUUUAAGAUCAAAUUCUUUAAGUGAAUUAAAUUUUACUCAUUUCAAUGAUAGUAAUAUUAAUAAUGUAUCAACAGAUUUUUUAAUAAAAAUGAAACAAUUAACAGAAUAUUGUUGUGAUCCACCAAGUGGAUUGAAUAGAUAUGAUUUUGGUGACUUUAAAAAGAAGUAUAUGGAUUCAUUUACAACAUUUUCAGAGUUGAUGAAUGAAUGUUUAUUUGAUAUUUCAAAGCAAUCAAAAUCGAUCAUUGAGACUUCCAAUGGUUUAUUAGAGGAUUUAGGUAUACUUUUCGAAUUAACACUCAGAAGUGCUUCAAUGGGAAAUGGUAUUGGUUCAUUUCACUUGGAUAUGCUCUCAAAAAGAUCCGAUAUUGAAAAAUGGAUCGUUGAUUUAGUUGAAAAGGUAAAAUUCAUUUUACCACUCAUUAUCCAAUGUUUUAAGAAAUUACCAAGUCCAAAUCCUUUAACAAAUUAUUUACCUUUAAUUGGUGAAGAAUAUCAACAAAAACAACAACUACAACUACAACAACAGUCCGGUAUUACUAUUGAUACCGAUGACUCAAGUAGUGUAACUUCAACUUCUGAAAGUAAUUAUUCUUCUGCUCUUCUCACCACUGGUGAUCAUAGUAACCGUAGUAGUAUCAUAAGUAACGGUGGUGCAAACUUACCAACCAGUCUAAGUAAUUUAGAAACUUUUUUAGAUACUACUCCAAAAUUAACAACUACAACAACCACAACUACAACUACUACAACUACUACAACUACAACAACACCACAAUACUUAAAUGUAAAUUCUAAUUCAUCUCAUUCUUCAUUACAACCAUCACCACAACCUUUUAAUAUCAAUAAUAAUUCACCAAAUAAUAAUCCAAAUAAUAAUCCAAAUAAUAAUAAUAAUAAUCCAAAUAAUAAUAAUAAUCCAAAUAAUAUUAGUAGUCAUAAAAGACAAAAUUCAGAUUUACCAAUAAUUGUAUUAUCUUUGGAUGAUGAUGAUGAUGAUGAUCAAGAUACUCCAGUAAUUUGGUCAAUGUCAGUAUCUGAGGUUUCAUCUGAUCCAUUUAAUAAAGAGAAACCACAACAAAACCAACAACAAUCUCCAACUUUGACCGAUGAUAAAAAGAAGAAAUGGUUUAGAAAUCCAUUUAAAAAGGAUUCACCAAGUACAUCACCAACACCAACACCAUUAAAUCAACAAAACAUAAAAAUUCCACCAAUUCAAACCUCCUCAAUAUCAGUUUCAACCUCACCAAAUUCAAACUCUUCAAAUUCAUCACCACUUUUAUCACCAAAACUUCAAGGUAAUUCAACCUUUACCUCCAACUCUUCAUCUUCAAUUAAUAAUGAAAUUUCAAUUCCAUUACCAAAUGUUUUAAUAAAUCCAUUUAGUAAUUCAAAUAAUAACAAUGCUAAAUUGAUUGAGAUUUUAGAGAAUAUCAUUGACGAGUUUGACCAUACUCAAGAAGAUGAGAUUCUAUUUGAUUCAAUCAAAAAGACUAUACCUAUUGGACUUCAAGGAAAGGUUGAAGAUAAAUCCAUUGAACUAUUCGAUACCACCACUUCAUCGUUACUCAAAGAUUACAUUGUUGAAUAUGAUGGUCAUAAAUCAAAGAGAUUCACCUCAAAGCUAUUGGUAGAAUUUGAUCAUAAUGAAAGACAUAUCGCUCACUAUCACCAAAUACAUCAACAAGAACAUUACAAUUAUACUGCCAAUAUACCAGAGUUUGGUGGUAAUAUUAUAUUAUCAAUUAAAAAAGAACCUGAACAAACAUUAAAUUCUACUCCUUCAACAAUAACUAAUAGCACUAGUAAUAGUAAUCUCUCUGCAAUCACUUCACCUACGACAUCAAUGACUACAAGUCGUCAACAUCAUCAUCAACAUCAUAAUCACCACCAUCAUAAUCAUCAUCAUCAUCAUCAUAGAGUUUUAAUAAGAAUGAAAAAUAGUACUGAACGUUUAAUGAUUAAAUCCUCAAGUAACAAAGAAUCAGAUUUAAUUAAAGCUGUCAUUAGUUAUCUUAAAGUAAUUGUAAAGAUAUCUUCAUCAUCACUCAAAUUGAAUAGAUCUGAACAAUUGAUUCAACAAUUACUCCAAUAUGAACAUCAAAAUCUAAAGAGACAAUAUUCCUUUUUACUAUUAUUCCAAGGUGAAGGUCAAUCAAAUGAAAAUCAACUUUUAUCCAAUAAUAACGUUAGUAGAGAGUUUAUUGAUUUCUAUAAAUUCUUAGGAAAAACUGUUCCUUUAAAAAAUUGGAAGAGAUAUUCUGGUGAUAUCUAUAAUACCAAUAAUAAUAAUAAUAACUCCUCCUAUGAACAAGAUUCUAUCGUUUACAAUCAAGUUAAUGAUAUUGAAGUUGUCUUUCAAGUUACUAAUCUUUUAGAGUCUCUAGAAAAACGAAAAGAACUCUAUUCAAAAUCUCAAGUUAUUAUCAUUUACCAUGAAGGUUCAAAACCAUUUAAUCAACAAAAUUUUAAUUUUUCAAAUAAUCAAAUUUUAAUUAUUAUUAAAAAAGUUAAAGUUGAUGAUGGAUCAAUGAUUAAUUAUAAAAUUGGAACAAUAUAUAAUAAUAACAUUUCACCAUUUGGGCCAAUGAUACCAGAAGGUUCAGUUUUCAAAAAAGAUUCUUUAUUCCUUCAUUAUUUUAUAACAAAGUGUAUCAAUGCUCAAAAUGCUUACUUAUCUUGUCCAAUAUUUAAUCAAUCCUCUAUUUCUAAAAGAGAAAUGGCAUUAAAUGAAAUUGUAAACAAAAAGAAAUAG